AAUAAACUAAUUUCAGCCAUUGGAGAAGUGAGCGACCGACUACAGCAGUGCAACAACUGCCACGGUGCGUAUUUUAGCAGUGGCAACCAUCGGACGGCGCACCCUCCCUCUGCCCCAAACACCAAACACCAACUGGCUGGAUCUGUUUCGGCUGCGUAUCGACAACAGUGAUCCGUGAAAGAUAAGGAGGCAGGGGCGACGUGGAUUGAAUUGAUUGGUCAAUGGCCGCACCACCGGCGAGGGCCCGAGCCGAUUACGAUUAUCUCAUUAAGCUUCUCCUCAUCGGCGACAGCGGUGUGGGUAAGAGUUGUCUUCUUUUACGAUUCUCAGAUGGUUCUUUCACAACUAGUUUCAUUACCACCAUUGGAAUUGACUUUAAGAUAAGAACUGUUGAACUUGAUGGGAAGAGGAUUAAGCUCCAAAUCUGGGACACAGCUGGCCAAGAACGAUUCCGCACAAUAACAACUGCCUACUACCGUGGAGCUAUGGGCAUAUUGUUGGUUUAUGAUGUUACAGAUGAAUCAUCUUUUAACAAUAUUAGGAACUGGAUUAGAAACAUUGAACAGCAUGCUUCUGACAACGUCAACAAGAUAUUGGUAGGAAAUAAAGCCGACAUGGACGAAAGCAAAAGGGCUGUGCCCACCUCCAAGGGCCAAGCACUUGCUGACGAGUACGGCAUCAAAUUCUUUGAAACCAGUGCUAAAACUAAUCUCAAUGUGGAAGAAGUAUUCUUUUCCAUAGCCAGGGAUAUCAAGCAGCGACUCUCAGACACCGACUCCAAAACAGAGCCCACGACCAUCAAAAUCAAUCAGCAAGAUGCCGGUGCUGGAUCCGGGCAACUCGCCCAGAAGUCUGCCUGCUGUGGUUCUUGAAUGACCUACGACCAACCGUCUGGGAUCCAACUCAAAUAGCAAAGGGAGUGGGAGGGAAAAGAAGCAUCUUGUGAAAACAAAAAAAAAAAAAGAAGCCCCCAUCCGAGGUUGGUGCAUUGUUUUUGUUCAAAUUUCUGUCCCCUGGAAAUUUGUUCUAGUGUGCAAAAUGAUGUUUGGUUCACUUUGACUUUGAUUUGAGAGAAAAAAGAAAGUGUGAAUGUUUGGAUGUUAAGAGUGUUGCUUCAGUAUUUCUUCCCUUCAGAGCUGCUUUGCUUUGCUCUAUACUCCGUUAAUUCCAUGUGCUGAACCUCUGAAUACUUUCUUCAUAAAUUUCAUUUUGCUACUUAAGUUCA